GAAACUGCAUACGAUAACUUUUGCGUUUGUUAAGUGCGUGGGUGUAUUGCUUGAUUAAUAAUUUAACAAACACCAAAAUGGAUGCAAAGACCAAUGAAUCGGUCAGGGUACGAACAAAACAACUAUACUUUGACUACGAACAGGCACACGAUUGGAAGCCAGAAUUUGGAAUAAGAGUGGAAUCGCCCCCCACCUCUCCAUCAUUGGCCACACUGCUUCUCGACAGCAUCGAUAACCUGAACAAACAUAACAAAGUAGAUUCAAGCAGCGAUGAAAAACAACCAAAAGAACAACCAGAUUACGAUUGGAAGUCUGACAAUCACAGCAAUUCGUUAUCAGACAGCCGGGACUAUGAUACGCUAUCGGGAUCGGGCUCGCCGCCAAACUCUGCGUCACUUACGUCUCAGCUUUUCAACAGCCUCGAGGAGCUGAAAAAUUGCCAUUCUACGCAUAACAAAACCCUUGCAUCAAUAUUAACGCCCACCCUGGAGUCGGACAGCAGCAGUAGUAGCAGCAUUGAAAGCUCAGGCACUGUGCAGGUCAUGGGUGCUGGCGGCGGCAGCGAUACAAACAGCAUUUAUGGCAGCAGUCAACAAACUGUCGAUCAACAGGUGCUCCAAUCAUUAGGCUUAAGUUUGGAACUAGAGGCCGCCGACGAGCUGACGGCCACAACAUACAGCUUGUUCAGUGCGCCGUCAGUGACGUCGGAGCUAAUUCAAAUGAACAUGAACAAUGACGUGGACGUAGGGGACGAUGACGAUAACGUUGACGACGAUGCGCUGUUUACACUGCGACCGAUGGACAGUCAUGUGUCAUUGUUGCUAACGCCCAAGUCAUCCUCACCUCCUGCAGCAGCGGGAGCAGCGGUCAUUUCAUCAUAUGAAACACAAUGCACAGACGCAUCCCCAUUAGCAUCAGCAUCCAUUUCAAUGACCGCGACAACGACAACAACGGCGACGGGAAACGAUGAAGUAGUGCCCAUGUCCAUGUACAAUCUGGACGACAUUUGCUUCACGCUGGAAUACCAGCUGGAUCAAGAUCACAAAAUCGUCCAAGUGCAACCACCCACUGUGGUGUCCCUCAGCAUGCUGGCACCGAUACCUGAAACAACAUCAGCAAUAACGCCCUGUGAUAAUGGGCCUGUGACUAUGAACACCUCUGGACUAUCUGCACCAACUUCUCCUUAUAUUUUUACCACUGAGACGAGCUACGUGGACGAACAGAAUGAGCCAGACAAUGAUGAUGAUGAACAGCUGGCUCAUUGCAUACGUCCCGGCGCCUUGCACAAGGACAGGGAAGACGAUCAGCUCAUGGCCUAUGAGAGUUCCGAUGAAGCCCUUAGCCGUUAUAGAUGCAACUAUGAGAAUUGUAAUCGCAGCUAUAGCACGAUUGGAAAUUUACGCACGCAUUUAAAAACGCACACAGGUGACUACAGCUUUAAAUGCAGCGAGGAGGGUUGUGGCAAAGCCUUCCUCACCUCGUACAGCCUUAAAAUACACGUACGAGUGCACACCAAAGUGAAGCCCUAUGAGUGUGAUGUCACCGGUUGUGAUAAGGCCUUUAACACGCGCUACAGGCUUCACGCCCACUUACGUCUGCACAACGGCGAGACAUUCAAUUGUGAAAUAUGCCAAAAAUGUUUUACAACUUUGAGCGAUCUUAAAAAACAUAUGCGUACGCAUACACAGGAACGUCCAUACAAGUGUCCAGAAGGCGAUUGCGGCAAGGCGUUUACAGCCUCUCAUCAUUUAAAGACGCACAAGCGCACGCACACCGGUGAAAAGCCCUAUCCCUGUCAGGAGAACAGUUGCCAGAAAUCAUUCAGCACCUCGCACAGCCUGAAGUCGCACAGGAAGACACAUCAGCGUCAGUUGCUCAACAAGGGCAAAAAGAAAUCGAAACGGGCACAAAAAUUGGCGAUGGCACAGUCUUUUAUUGAUCAUCAAAUGGAGCAGGUUGAAUCUUCAAUUAACGCAAUAGAUACAAAUGAAAUGCCACCUAUUAAUCCAAUCAAUCAAUGUUCAGAGGCGAUCACUGAUGACCGCGAUGUUAUACUCCAAACCCUUAAUACCAGUGCAGAGGUAUCCAAUGUAUACAUUGUGCCAAAAUUUGAGCCUGUGACGUUGCCGGAAACAUCGCAAGCAUAUCAAUUAUCUUUUGCUGCAGAGGAAGAAAUCCCAAGUCCGUGGAUUGAUGCCGGUGUGCUCGUAUCUAAGCCAAUUAUCCCCGUUUCACCGCUUACUUCUACCUGCGUGGCUUUGCCUACCGAAAUGCCUAGCUUUGUGGAUCUGAAAUCGAAUUUUGGCAAUGCAGUGAGCGGCCAAAUGGAUACGAUGUCUACGCCGCCAGCUGCGGAUAUGGAAAUGGUGCCAAACGCAACAAACAAUCCUACAAUGACAUCGCUGGAACUUAACCAGCAGAACAUUGAGGAUCUAUUAAAGGACGACAGUCUUGACAAUGAUGAAGACAUGGAAACUGAGUCGUUACUUAACGAUAUACUCAUGACCAUUGACAACAACAGUGCAUUGUUGCAGGCGACGCUGCAUCAAGCGGCGCAGGUGCCUGACGAUGCCUCUGGUCUGGUCGAAUUGGAUAUAAGGGACAAUAAGCCAACACUCAAACAGAUCACGGCAGAUGCAGGCAUCUGCAAUUGUACCAAUUGUAAGUGCGAUUCAAAGCAGAACUGCAAUGGUGGAGAUUGUGUUGCUAGCGAAUGCGGGCCAGGACCGGCUGCCAUAAACCAAACAAACGGCAAAGCAGCAAUGUCAAAAGUGGCGACCACAACAAUGACGAGGACGAACGGUGGAAAACGAAUCUGUGGCAGUACCAACGUCAUGAAAAAAGUGAGUAAGCGUGAGGCGGAAAUGAAUCAAAACAUAGAGGAUGUUGCUUUGCUGCUGCAAAAUUUGGCUUCCAUGAGUAGCGGUGGUGCAGGCGGUGGUGGUAGUUGCUGUGGUGGCGGUGCAACAAAGCCUUCGCCGGUCAAUCUUCCAGCAGCUGGUGGAUGCUGUUCGGCAAGUACGCCCGCGCCGCCAGUAAGUGGUUGCUGUGCGCCCAAGGUCGCGCCAACAACAGAGAACUGUUGCGGCGGAUCGACUGCACCGCCUAGUUAUGGUUGCUGUUCCGGGAAUAAGCCUGCACCGCCGCCACCUACCACCGUCACCGCCACAACCGCGAGCGCCACCAAUGCCUUGAAGAGCAACGCUUGCACUUGCAAGAGUCCCGCCGAGGGCGUGGCCAACGGCUGCUGUGUUGUCAUCUGCAUCAAAACGCUGCAAGCUCUGCGCAAAGUUCUUACGCGCCGGAAUCUGAACCUAAUGCUUUGCCCUCAACAGAACUAAGCCAACAAAAUAAUCAAAGUUUGUACAUUUUUGCAAUGCCUAAUGAUCCGAACAUGUGAGACCAAAACCUUAUAACCAAGUAUUGUGCCUUUUAAGUAUUGUCUUUUGUUAUUCAAAAAAUUAAAAUAUAUAUGUAAGUACUCGUACGAAAUGGCAAAAUAUUUGUCGUAUAGGUCCAAGGUUUUAGAAAUUGAGAUUGUUCCAGCAUUCUUAUGUUCUUAACACUGAAUUCCUUAAUGUCCAAAAACCAUUUGUCAAAAUGUAGAUCCCAGAAGAAAUCCAUCCAAGUUAUACUCCAACCGGGAUGUACCAGAAACUUAUACAAUUUUCCAAAAUUAUUUAUUGCCUUUAAAUAACUUUUGAAAUAGCCAAAUCUACAUCUGUUUAUCGAGGGACUCUUUUCUCGGUGCACUUUUAAACUAACCGCCAAUAAUACAAAAUUGUAUAAUAUUUUUGUUUUUUUGCUAUGUUAACCAUUUAUAUCAGAUUUAAUGCUUCAUAUUACACUAAAUUUAUAAAUACAUAAAUACAAAUAUUAUAAUCAAGGAUAUCAUUUGUAAAAGUCGAAUAAACCAUAAAAAUAAAA